AGAACAAUAAUGUCGUUUUCUUCAGAAUCAAAUCUUGUCAGCUAUGGCUUCCUUAUCAUCAGUGCCAUUUUGUCUAUCAUCUUCAUUAGUUCCAUCAAAUCUAUCAUCAAUUUCAUCAAAGAUAGAUUACAUCAUUCCCAUAAUCAAGAAGGAGAGUCAAAUGAAUCUCCUCCUCAAGAAGUUGUACCAAUUGAUGUACGUCCAGACAUGUCCUUGGAUGAGAUAAAUAUACUGACUGAUAACUUCGCGGAGAAAGGUCUUAUUGCUGAGGGAUCUUAUGGCCGCGUUUAUGGUGCUACAUUAAGCAAUGGACAGAAAGUAGCAAUAAAGCAAUUGGAUACUGAUUCUUCUUCAGAAUCAGAUCCUGUCUUCGCAGACCAGGUACAAAUGGUGUCAGGACUUAAACAUGAGCAUUUUGUGACUCUGCUAGGUUAUUGCUUAGAAGCAAAUAAUCGAAUCUUGGUUUACGAGUUUGCAACCAUGGGCACAUUGCAUGAUGUCUUACAUGGUAAAAAAGGAGUAGAAAAUGCUGAGCCUGGUUUAGUUCUUACCUGGAAUCAGAGAGUUAAAAUUGCUUGUGGUGUAGCUAGUGGCCUUGAAUAUCUACACAAACAUGACAAACCAAUUAUUCAUCGCGAUGUCAGAUCUAGCAAUGUACUACUGUUUGAUGAUUUUACCGCGAAAGUUGCUGAUUUCGAUUUAACAAAUCAGUCUUCAGAGGAUUCCACUAGAGUUGAGGAGAGUUAUGGUUACCAUGGUCCAGAGUAUGCCUUGGGAGAAAAGAUAACAGACAGAAGUGAUGUUUAUAGUUUUGCUGUUGUUCUCUUAGAGCUGUUGACAGGAAGGAAGGCAGUUGAUUAUACAAUGCCUGAAGGGAAACAAAGUCUUGUUACAUGGGCAACUCCACUAUUAAGUGAUGAUAAAGUUCAAGAAUGUGUUGAUCCAAAACUAAAUAAUGAGUACCCUCCAAGGGCAGUUGCUAAGGUGGCAGCUCUUGUAGGACUUUGUAUUCAAGAAGAGCCAGCUUUCAGACCAAACAUGUCAAUUAUGGUCAAGGCACUGCAGCCACUUCUCAACGCGGACUAAACCAGAGUCAGCGCCUUGUUCUACAACACACUUGAUUGAAACAAACAGAAACGGAUUCAGGAUUUAAAGUUCAUGAAGUUCUUAUUAACAGAUAUUGUGGAUCCGCCCUCGCAAGCAUGGGCUAAUUUUCAAUAUCAACAAGGUUGUGGUACAAGUCAAGGAUUCUGGUACUAGCAGAUAAAAUGUUGUUUCUGUUCAUGUCUUUUUAUACAAGUUGAAACCAUUUCAAAAUUUUGCUGUAACCCAAAUUUUUCUUCUUCUUUUUUGUAUUAUAAGAAAGAUACUUGGACAAAAGUUUUUUUUUGUUUUUGCUGAAAAGGAUGUUGUACUUACAUUUAUUAUUUACAUAA